UGCAUCCACAGGCAGACGGGACAACAGUUCGCCGUCAAAAUUGUCGACGUCGCCAAAUUCACCUCAAGCCCGGGUUUAAGCACAUCAGAUUUAAAACGAGAAGCGACAAUAUGCCACAUGCUCAAACACCCCCACAUAGUGGAACUUCUCGAAACUUACAGCUCGGAAGGAAUGCUGUACAUGGUAUUCGAAUACAUGGAUGGGUCGGAUAUUUGUUUUGAAAUUGUGCGAAGGGCUACAGCAGGGUUUGUCUAUAGUGAAGCUGUUGCAAGUCAUUAUAUGAGGCAAGUCUUGGAAGCGCUGAGGUACUGCCAUGACAAUGACAUCAUCCACCGUGAUAUAAAACCGCAUUGCGUGCUUCUUACCAGCAAAGAAAACUCGGCUCCAGUGAAACUUGGCGGCUUUGGCGUUGCAAUCCAACUCCAAGAUGGUCAAGUGGUCAAUGGAGUCGUUGAGCAGGGCCAUCAACGCGCCCUUGGCAGGAAUUGUUUCUUCGCACCUAACUCUCUUUCAUAUGACCACCUACCUGAUUUGGAGAAAAUAGAAGCUGCCGAGAAUAACGGGCGGAUUGGAACACCCCAGUUUAUGGCCCCUGAGGUCGUGGACAGACAGCAGUAUGGCAAACCUGGUGAUAUAUGGUCUGCCGGAGUUCUCCUCCACAUACUUUUAUCAGGCACUCUGCCGUUUAUUGGUACCCGGCACAGGCUCUACCAUUCCAUCUGUCUGGGAAAACUUCACCUCGACUCGCCAUUGUGGGACUGUAUAAGUGAAAGUGCUAAAGAUUUAGUGAAGAGAAUGCUCCACGUGGACCCACAUCAGAGAAUCACUAUUCAAGAAGUUCUUAACCAUAAAUGGCUCAGAGACCGAGACAAAGCAGUCAGCAAGAUACAUCUUCUGGACACAGUGGAGGAGAUGAAAAAACUUAAUGCAAGAAGAAGGCUGAAAGGAGCUGUGAUGGCUGCUGUGGCGUCUCCAAAGUGGUCUUUAGACCCUACCGACCCAGACCAUUUUUCCGAUUAUGGAGAUGAUGAUGUAACCUCUGCGGCUGUGAGCAUGGUAUUGGAUUCGCUUGAUGAUAUCCAUUGUCUUCAAGAGCCACCGUUGGAUGAUAGGGACUUUCUUCAAUCCGUUCUCGAUGAUCGACAGUUGCAUGCCCUGCUAGAACUUUACGACAGAAUCUCUAGCAAAGUGGUAUCUCCGACAAGAGCACCUCCGAGUGAUGCUGUUAUUAAGUGGCGCGAUGUGGUUGACACACUGCGCGAUCAUGAAUCUGUUGCUAAUGACAUGGAUCUUGACCUCGUCAGGACUGCCGAAGAACUGAAGCAUCUUCUACAGAAGCCACAUUUUAAGGCGUUGUUGCAAUCGCACGAUGUGGUCGCGCACGAAAUUUACGGGGAAGACGCGAUCCGUGUCACACCGGCGCCGCUUCCUUAUUUGAACGGCGAUGACGACGACUUGGAAGCACCGAACGGCGACUUAGAACUCGAACAUGUCACGAGGGUCCGCCUCGUUCAGUUCCAGAAAAACACUGAUGAACCUAUGGGCAUCACAUUGAAAAUGAACGAAGACGGUAAGUGUAUUGUGGCGAGGAUCAUGCACGGUGGGAUGAUCCAUCGUCAGGCGACCCUCCACGUCGGCGACGAGAUCCGGGAAAUCAAUGGCAUACCCGUCGUCAACCAGUCUGUCAGCGCCCUGCAAAAAAUACUGAGAGAAGCUCGAGGAUCCGUGACUUUCAAGAUAGUACCGUCUUAUAGGAGUGCACCACCACCUUGUGAGUUGUUCAGGAUAAAACCACCACCAGUCUUAAUUUUCGUUCGUGCUCAAUUUGAUUAUGAUCCUUUAGAAGAUGAUCUCAUCCCAUGUGCUCAAGCGGGUAUCGCUUUCAAAACAGGUGAUAUUUUACAGAUAAUUAGUAAAGACGACCACAAUUGGUGGCAAGCGAGGAAGGACAACGCGGGCGGAUCUGCUGGUUUGAUCCCCUCGCCGGAACUUCAGGAGUGGCGAACAGCUUGCACAGCCUUGGAGAAAAACAAACAUGAACAAGUUAAUUGCUCAAUCUUCGGUCGAAAAAAGAAGCAGUAUAAGGAUAAAUAUUUAGCCAAACACAACGCAGUUUUUGAUCAACUUGAUUUGGUAACCUAUGAGGAAGUAGUUAAGUUACCUUCAUUUUUAAGAAAAACAUUAGUACUACUUGGUGCACAUGGUGUAGGUAGGCGACAUAUCAAGAAUACUCUCAUUGCGAGGCAUCCUGAUAAAUAUGCUUACCCGAUACCCCACACAACUAGGCCACCAAGAAACGAUGAAGAAAAUGGCCGAACAUAUUAUUUCGUGUCAAAUGAUGAAAUGAUGACAGAUAUCGCUGCAAAUGAAUAUCUCGAAUAUGGCAGCCACGAAGAUGCCAUGUACGGCACCAAGCUUGAGACAAUUAGGAAAAUUCAUGGAGAAGGAAGUGUUGCGAUUCUAGAUGUUGAACCGCAGGCUCUCAAAAUGCUGAGAACCGCUGAAUUUGCCCCGUAUGUUGUUUUCAUCGCUGCACCCCAUCUAAACACAUUAGCAGAUUUUGAUGGAAGCUUAGAGAGGCUUGCAAAAGAAUCUGAACUUCUGAGGCAAGCCUACGGUCACUUCUUUGAUUUGACGAUAGUCAAUAAUGACAUAGACGAGACGAUAGCAACAUUGGAGAAAGCACUUGACAAAGUGCAUUCGACUCCUCAGUGGAUCCCUGUCUCCUGGGUCUAUUGACACGGUGGGAUAGACCAUGUUUAAAAUGUGGCAGUCAGGGCAGAUAAAAAUAGUUUUUUUUCUCAUUAAAAACUCCAACAGAUUUGUAAUGUUAUAAAUACAUUAAAAAAACACAUUUACCUCAUGUUUCAUGGAUAAGGGUUAUCCAACAGCAAGAUUGAACUUGCAAAUAAAUAAUUUAAAAAAAGAACAUUUUUAAAAUUCUAUUGUGAAUGUGAUAAACAAAUUGUGGGUAUUAUCAAUUAAUGUAUCAGACUAAAUCAAAUUGAAACUAGCUGGGAUGAGAGAAUCGAUUUUAAAAAAGUAAUUAAUAAUUAAAGUCGAAAAGGUGGAUUGUAAUUAACAUAUGGCCUAUGAAUCACUCUACACAUUAUUUGUAUAAUGAACGUGUCGUAGGAUUUCUUCACAUUGGAUAUGAGAUUAGACAUUCUGUGAUGUUUUGGUGUACCUUCAUACAUGCAAUUUAAACAUAAAAAAAUUAUAACACCUAUUUGAAAAUUGCUGGAGAAAGGGCUUGUAAAAUCUAUUUGAACAGGUCUUCAAUUAUUUCUGGGCCAACUUAAAUUGUAAGUAAAUUUUUAAAAAAAUUUAUAUAUACCAAAAUCUUUAUUAAACUUUAUGAUCUUGUAAUGAAAAAGCUCAUUCAAUAUUUUACGUGGAAAAUGGUGUAGAGGUAUUAGUUUAUAACACUUUUAAUAAUUGUAGACAUCAUCAUCAUCACAGUAAAAGUUAUGAUUUUUUUGUCUUAACUAUCAUAUUUAAUUUUUAAACUAUGAGGGGUACUACAGUAAUGUUACAGUAAGGGUCAGCAUAUUUCAGUGAAUUAAAAUUUUAAAAUGAAAAUUUUGUGUCAUCUUGAAUUACGCUGCGUCUUUAACAAACUUCCAGUUGAAUGAGUUCAGUUUUGUUUUCUUUGUAAACGAAACUUUUUUAAUGGUAUAUAAGGAAAAACUCAAGUAAUAUCAGAUUACAAUUCACUAUAUGUGUGAUAUUGUAUUGGCCAUUGGUCUCUUGUCUUCUUGAUUGUUCCCUCUCUGUGAACUUUAUAAGCUUAAUUAUUAAACUGUUUUUUACAAUAACAACACAAUGUAGAAAUCUGUUUUAAAUUUGACGGCUUCCUAAUGAAAUUUUUGUGAAGAAGUGUGGUUUUACAUUCAUUUUUGUGCACUCGUUCUUAAUUCCUAAAAGCAUUUUCUCUCAUAUUUCUAUACCCCUCAUAUUUUUAUACAUAUUUAAUAUUUGUUUGAAAAUUAAUCCCUAUAUUGUUUUAUAUUGUGGUUUCCCAAUUGUAAUAAAAGAUUUUGCCCAAUAAAUCAUUUUUCCAAACAAUUCAUAAGUGUUUUACUAGCCAAUAGUUGAAAAUAGUGCCUACAAACUGGUUUGUGAUUUUGAGAUGAAGUUAUUUGGCAAAAUCUUUUUAAGCAUGAACUAAAUAAUUUGUUUUAUUUGGAAAAAAAUCUAAUGUUCAUAUCAUAACAAUAGGUCAUGUAUUAAUUAAAUUAUCUUCUAAGGUUAACACCAAAUGAAUUUAAAUUUGUUUGAAAACUGAACAUUUAUACUCAGGCAUUUACGGCUUGGAAAGAAUUCAUAAAUUUUAAAUAUAGGACAAGAAUUGGAUUUUGAAAAAUUAGUGUUUUUUGCCUCCAAGCACCAUAAUACCGUGCUUGAGGAUUUUUUGAAAAUUUGGUGUGUACAAAAUAUUUAAAAAAAAAAAUUAAAACUGGUCAAAUGAAAUUUGACUUACAGUGGAAUUAGAUCUUUAAUUUAUAGAAAACAAAAUACCAUUAAAAUGUGUGCUCUCUUCACAGAAUAUUUUACCAUGUAAAUAGUGAAGUGUAGGGGACAAAGUCUCGUUUCAAAGUAGGGGCCAAUAUUUUGUGAAAGUUUUAAAAACAUUUAAGGGUUAAAUAAAAGAAAUUGAAAUAAUUUAAGCACAAUUUUAAAAAAAAUCAUA